GCAGCAGCAGCAGCGGCGGCGGCGACCAGCGCGUCGGGCACCAGCACCAGCAUCACCAGCCCAUCUGCAAGAUCUGCUUCCAGGGCGCCGAGCAGGGCGAGCUGUUGAACCCCUGCCGAUGUGACGGGUCAGUUCGGUACACACAUCAGCUGUGCCUGCUAAAGUGGAUUAGCGAGAGAGGCUCCUGGACCUGUGAGUUGUGCUGUUACAGAUACCAUGUCAUAGCCAUUAAAAUGAAGCAGCCCUGCCAGUGGCAAAGCAUUUCUAUAACACUGGUUGAGAAAGUUCAGAUGAUUGCUGUAAUCCUAGGAUCCCUGUUCUUAAUAGCAAGCGUGACUUGGCUUCUCUGGUCCGCCUUCAGCCCCUAUGCAGUGUGGCAGAGAAAGGACAUCCUUUUUCAAAUCUGCUAUGGAAUGUAUGGUUUUAUGGAUCUAGUGUGCAUAGGUCUCAUUGUCCAUGAAGGAGCUGCAGUUUACAGAGUGUUUAAGCGCUGGCGAGCUGUUAACUUGCACUGGGAUGUCUUAAAUUAUGACAAAGCCACAGACAUUGAAGAAAGUAGCCGGGGGGAGUCUUCCACAAGUAGGACUUUAUGGUUGCCAUUGACGGCUCUGCGGAACAGAAACUUGAUCCACCCAACGCAGCUGACCUCCCCACGGUUUCAGUGUGGCUAUGUAUUAUUACAUCUGUUCAAUCGGAUGAGGCCUCAUGAAGAUUUGUCAGAAGAUAACAUCUCGGGUGAGGUCGUGAUGAGAGUGACCUCAGUGUAGCAAAAGUAGAGCGUGGACCACCUAGCACAUUUUGGAAUAUAAUUUCAUUGAAUGGUGAAACCAUACCACUUCUAAAAAAACACAUCUAUGAACUUUUU